AUGACAUUUCGAAUGUUUACGCAUCAUUGUCAAAAAUUAUGCUGCAAAAUUUGUGAAAAACUAGUUUUUGUGAAGAUUGGAAUAAUAUUUGACGAUUUUAGUUAUAUUUUUUCGACAUUUGAUAUAUAUGUAUUUGAGUAAAACGUGGCAUUUAUACGCAGCAUAUAGUUGUGAGCAGUUUAGACAAUUUAUUUAAAAUAAGAUGGCUAUGUGCCGGGCGUGCGGUGACCAUCCCGGUGACGAGAACCGUCUGAAGGAAAGCCUGCAAAAGUACUUCGACAUUUACUAUAAUCUAACAUCCAUUAGGUUAACGUCAGACGAGAAUCCCGAGAGACAGCGGAUUUGCGAUGAUUGCCACUCGAAGCUGCUGGAGUACAAUCGAUUCCGAUCGACUUGUCUUCAGGUUCACUACAAGCUUACGGAAAUUAAACAAGAAGAUGGAAUUGACCAUUCGAAACCGGAGAUUAUGGAGAUCAUGCCCCUGGUAGGCCCACUGAAAGUCGAAAGACUGGACUAUAAAGAGGGGGAUGAACCGGAAGUGUUUGAGGAUGGUGCCGCGGAUCAUGAUGUCGAUUUUGUUGAUGAAAACGAGGAAGAGGAGGAUGAUGAUGACGAUAAGGAUAAGGAAUUCGAUCACAAGUUGUACAAAGACUUGAACUCGGACACGGAGGAUCAAACCAGCGAUGAAGAUCCCAAACCGGAGAAGAAGAAAAAGAAACGUCGAAAGAAGGGCGAGGGUCCCAAGGAGCAAUUGUUGAGUUGCAACCAGUGCGAAAGAAAGUUCCGCACCGACCAGCGGCUGCAGGGCCAUUUGAGGACCCAUCUGGGCUUGAAGCCGGCCGUGUGCAACCUGUGCGGUAAAGAGUUCCACAAAUUCUAUAAUUUGAAGCUGCACAUGACCCGCAAACAUUCGGAUGCGAAGUGUGAAUUCCUGUGCGAUUUCCCCGAAUGUGGGUUGAGUUACAGCACCAAGCAGGGCUUGACUAACCACCGCAGGCGUCACGAUCCGAACUUUAUCCAACCGAUUCAGAAGCGAGUGGUUUGCGAUCAGUGCGGGAAGACAUUUUCGACUGCGGGUGCUUUGAAGAAACACAGCUACAUCCAUUCAGGAGACAUGCCUUUCCAAUGUCAGACGUGUAACAAGAAACUUCCGACUGCUCAUAAGCUGAAGGAACACACCAUGAGACAUGAGGGUAUCAGAAAUCACGUUUGCCCCUUAUGUGGCUUGAAAAAAACUACUCGCCACGAGCUGACGGUCCACAUGAACUAUCACACCCGCGAGAAGCAAUUCACCUGUCACGUGUGUGCGCAGGUGUUCUCCAACAUCGGCAACAUGAGCCGCCACAUCAAAAUCGUUCACUGUGGUAUCAAGUCGUACAACUGCACGUACUGUGACCGCUCAUUUGGAAAAGCGGAAACCCUCAAACAUCAUGUGAUGACCCACACCGGCGAGAAGCCACACGAAUGUGGAAUUUGUGGCAAACGGUUCAUCCAGUCGGUGGCCCUGCAGACACACAUGAGAACGCACCGAAAGCACCUGCCGCCUGAACAACAACAAGAGCGACAGUCAUCGUCAUCGGGAGCCCCGUACCAGCAUCCAAAUCUGGGCCAACAGCGUUCGUCGGUGUUGAUGCAGGCGGCGGCCGCAGCCGCUGCUGCAGCGGUCACGAUGAUGCCCCUAGGGCAGUCGCAAACGGAACAGCUACAACAGGACCAGCAGCAGCAGCAACAAUCCCCAGACGUUUCCCCGCUGGGAGAUUACGUCAAUCACUCGGUUUGAGCAUGCUUUAUUUCAAGAACACUUUCUUAUAAUUCUUAACCAUUGGGGAUUCGUGAGUUUUAAAAUGCACGAUACAAACAAGAUCACGUGCAUGACUAGUGUUGAUGUGAAUCAAUGAAAAAGGAUGAGAUGUACAGCAGUGGCUGAUGUAUCUCUGAUUUUUUUAGAGUAGAUAUUUAUUCCGUAAAAUAAAGUGAACAUAUGUACUGUA